AUGACUGGAAAGGAAGAGCCCAAGGAAGUGCGCAAGUACCUCCAGCAGAGUCAUGACCGUAUCUUUGAGAACAACAAGAAAUGGGCCGAUGAGAUGAGGAAGAGGAACCCCUCCUUCUUCAGCAACCUGACUGCCGGACAGGCCCCCGAGUAUCUGUGGAUUGGCUGCUCUGACUCCCGCAUCCCCGCCGAAGCCAUCACCGGUCUUGAGCCAGGCGAGAUGUUCAUCCACCGUAACAUCGCCAACCUCGUCAACAACAUCGACCUAAACGUCAUGUCCGUCGUAAACUACGCCGUGCGCCACCUCAAGGUCAAGCACAUUGUCGUCUGCGGCCACUACGGCUGCGGCGGUGUCAAGGCUGCCAUGACACCAAAGGACAUGGGUCUGCUGAACCCAUGGCUGCGAAACAUCCGUGAUGUCUACCGGUUGCACCAAAAGGAGCUCGACGACGUCGUCGCCAAUGGUGGCUCCGAGGACGACAAGUACAACAAGCUUGUUGAGCUCAAUGUGUAUGAGCAGUGCCGAAAUGUUAUCAAGACGGCGGCUGUGCAGCAGUGUUGGGCGGAGAAUGAGUUCCCAGUUGUGCAUGGCUGGGUAUUUGGAUUCGAGGAUGGACUGCUGAAGGAUCUCAAGUUUGACCAUGAGGGGCAGCUUAAGGAGAUUCAGAAGAUUUACGAUUUGACAAAGGAUAUGUAG